GGAAAGAAGUUGGUUCAACUGGUUGUUUCCAUUGGCUGUGAAUUGUUGUGAGUUGCGCGACGAGAGGGAGGCGAUCUCGCGCGCGGCAGUAAGCAGCGAAAUAAAUAACCAGAGAUGGCGAAUGAGCAUCAGAGAUUAUUGCAACAUUUAGAAAAGGUUGAAAACAAAGCUGGUGAAAUUCUCACUGAUCGUGGGGAAAUAGUUGCUCUAGAUAAGAGAAGAAACGACGAUCGUGUUGGAAUGAGAGCAUUGCAGAAACAGGUGCAUCCAAAAAUAUGGAUCACAGUCGGACCCUUACUUUUAAAAAUGCCAUCUAAAGCAGCUCAAGAAUUAUUGGAAAAAGAUCAGAGAGAAUGUGAUACUGCUAUUAGCAAGCUAAGAAGCGACUUAAAGAUAAAGGUAAAUGAACUACGUGAUAUAGAGUUGACACCACCGGUACCUGGGUUGAUGUUAGAACCCAUGUCUCGCAAAGAGAUGGAGGCAGUCGGACAAAUUUUCGGUCCAAGUGUCUAAUAUUUAAUAAAGUUUCUUCGUUCAGAAGUGUAAUUAGAAUAAGAGUAAAUAUAUGAGUUUAAAAUA